UGAACAAAAAGUUAUGAUCUUGGAGAAAAGAAGAAAAAAAAAAAAAAACAGAUGUGUAACAAACUUAUAAAACAAAAACUGGGCCACCAUCGCAGCAAAACGCGUGUUCGCAGCAACAAAGAAUCACAUCGCAACGAAUCAGAGGCCCCUUUCAACGAAUCACAUGGCAGAACCGUCGUCCACCGCCGCCACCAUCGCUACCGCUGAUCCUCCGGUUCCAGCGACCAAAAGCUGGGCCGACGAAGCGGACGAAGAAACCAACGCCUCCACCGCCGAGGCAGAAACCUCCUCCGUUAACCUGGAAGCGUUAACCAUCGACGACAAAGAAAAGAACUCUUCAAAACUCUUGGACGACCCCGACGAUUCUAAUAUUCAAGCGGUUACUUCUGGCGAUACGCCGUACACGUCGGCAGCGAGGUUCGAGGACCUAAGCCUCUCGCCAGAGCUUUUGAAGGGGCUCUAUGUGGAGAUGAAGUUUGAGAAGCCGAGCAAGAUCCAGGCUAUCAGUUUGCCGAUGAUCCUUAGCCCGCCCAAUCGGGACCUGAUUGCGCAGGCACACAAUGGCUCUGGCAAGACGACUUGCUUCGUGCUUGGGAUGCUUAGCCGUGUCGAUCCAAAGGUGCAGGCUCCACAGGCGCUCUGCAUCUGCCCCACCCGGGAGCUGGCCAUUCAGAACAUCGAGGUGCUCCGCAGGAUGGGGAAGUACACGGGGAUUGCAUCCGAGUGCCUUGUGCCAUUGGACCGGGAUGCGGUUCAUGUAUCGAAAAGGGCACCUAUUAUGGCACAGGUGGUGAUUGGGACCCCAGGGACAGUCAAGAAGUUUAUUAGCUUCAAGAAACUUGGGACCACGAGGUUGAGGAUUCUUGUUUUCGAUGAGGCUGAUCAAAUGCUUGCUGAGGAUGGAUUUAGAGAUGAUUCCCUGAGGAUAAUGAAAGAUAUAGAAAAAGAGAAUUCUAAGUGUCAGGUUCUUUUGUUUUCUGCUACAUUUAAUGACACCGUCAAGAAUUUCGUUUCAAGGACAGUCAGGAUGGAUCAUAAUAAACUCUUUGUAAAGAAAGAAGAACUAUCUUUAGAUGCAGUGAAGCAAUAUAAAGUGUAUUGUCCUGAUGAACUUGCUAAGAUUGAUGUGGUAAAAGAUUACAUAUUUGAAAUAGGAGAGAAUGUGGGGCAAACAAUUAUAUUUGUGCGCUCAAAAAUUACUGCAAGAUUAACACAUGAAGCACUUGUUAAGUUGGGCUAUGAGGUUACAUCUAUACAAGGUUCUCUUAGUAAUGAAGAGAGAGACAAAGUUGUCAAGGAGUUCAAAGAUGGUUUGACCCAAGUUCUUAUAUCAACAGAUAUUCUUGCUCGUGGCUUUGAUCAGCAACAGGUUAAUUUGGUCAUCAAUUAUGAUCUUCCCAAGAAAUACGGUGUACGUGAUGAGCCAGAUUAUGAAGUGUAUUUGCACAGGGUUGGCAGAGCUGGGCGUUUUGGGCGCAAGGGGGCUGUAUUUAACCUGAUAUGUGGUGAAUUGGAUGAAAGGCUCAUGUCGAAGAUCGAGAACCAUUUUGGCACUCGUGUAACUGAGGUGCGAGCACAAAGUGUUGAAGAAUAUAAAGCUGCUCUCAAGGAAGCCGGUUUACUGCAAUGAUGUGAAUCUGCACAAGUUAAAGGAUGUGUGAUGGAUUUAGAGAUGAUUCCCCGAGGAUAAUGAAAGAUAUAGAAAAAGCUAGGUGUCAGGUUUGUUGGAUUCUCUCUCGCAUAGUGAUGCUUGCAUGCAUCAUGAUGUCUCCAUCUGCCCAAGAAAUCCUUAUAAAGACUUGGUCUUCACACUGACAUGACAUUAUUUUUCGGUAAUUAUUUUUCGUAAAGUGUCCGUUUGUUUUAGAUUUUGGCAGAAUUGGUCUUGAUUUGUUGAAUAUGAUCGAGAUGUGUGUCCAAAUUAAGCUCAGCCAUAGAUUUUACAUUGUGUGCA